GUGACGUCAUAAGGCUGCGCCGCCCUCCUGCUUUUGAAAAAAGGUCAUUACUCUGACUCUGGCUGACUUUAUCUUACCAGUGUGCUGAUUGAGACGCACCCAGAUUACAAUUAUAAAGAUGGACUUUAUUAAAGAAGAGAGUGAAGACGUGAAGAUUGAAGAAACAUUCAGAGUAAAACAAGAAGAUACUGAGGAACAAACAAAGAUGAUGUUUAUUAAAGAGGAGAUUGAAGACGUGAAGAUUGAAGAAACAUUCAGAGUCAAACAAGAAGAUACUGAGACAAAAACAGUAGAUGACUUCAGUAAGGCAAGGCAAAAGCUAAAGGACUACAACAGAAAUGGAACGGCAGUCCUCCAGUCAGAGGAUGAGGGCCCCAUGGCAAAAAGGAGAAGAAAAGCGACACAUUACCCAGGAUUUGAAAACGGCAGUACUGACUCUGAAACUGAGCAGACUCCAAAAAGAAGACCAGAGUCUCGGCCUCGGCCUCAACCUCUCCCUAUUAGCGCUACCCUUCCUAGUCUUCCUCCAGCCCCCCUCUCAGACAUUGCAGUGGACAUGGGUCAGGAGUCUCUAGAUAACACAAGACAGGGAACCUAUAGAGACAUAAGCUGGAAUGUGAGGAGGGAGUCAGACCCCUUCAGUGCGGCUCAGCUACAUGGCCUAUUGCUUUUGGAAAACCUAAAGCAGCAGGUUGCCCAACUCACCACCACCGUGAACCUGCUCAUGGCCAACGUUAAUAACGGCCUCCAACCAGCAGCCUUUGAGUGGUCCGGGGAAUUUCAAUUCCCCCUGGAAUCAGAUGCAGAGCUGGAACGCUUUGAGGCCUGGCUGGCGGACCCUGCCAACGAUAGGCAGAAACAUGCCCUUGUGAAUACCCUGUCUGCUGUCGGGGGUGUGGAUUUGAAGAGGGUGACAUGGAACAUUCUGUCAUACCUGUUUUCCUGCCCCCUUUCCCGAACAAUUUAUUGGAAGGGUGUGAACAAGGAGACUGCCUUCCACAGGAUGGCAUCACGGACCCUCCUCAGCCGUGCAGUGCGCAAAUGCGCACUGACAGCAACUGCAACAGAAGCUGAAGUAUGGAGGCAUACCAUUAGGUGGUUUGCCCUUUCGACGGACAGGAGUGGAGGGCGCCAGGAGAGACUUGCGCGUCAGCAGCAGGAGUGGCAACAGCAACAGCUGACACCUAGUGAUUUUGUUUAAGUGCAUGGUUUUUUUUUUUACGUUGUGUUUUUUAUCCAUUAAUUCUGUGUUUGUUGUUGACUGUGUUUUGUGUUAAUAGUUGAUUUUGUGCAUGACUUUGUUGUUCAUUUUUUUUAUAAUUAAAUCUAUGAAUUAACUUCUGUGUUUGUUAACUUUGUUCACGUUGUUUUAGUAUGUGUUUUAAUCAUUAAAAAUAUUUAUUUCAGCUAUAGCCUAUAGGCCUACGCAUUGCUCCAACUGAAACUAGCCUUUAUCAGAAUCAGAAUCAGAAUCAGAAUGAGCUUUAUUGCCUAUUUUAUUUACACAUACGAGGAAUUUGUUUUCGUG